UUUCUUCCAUAUUUCCACUUCCAAAUUCACAACCAGAACCAGAACCAGAACCAGACAUGUCGUCCAAUGUUGUCGGGGAUCCUCGCCCUGUUUCUAGAAAGUUCCUCGCCAGGCCCCAGCGUGAGGGCGUCGGGGCGACUGUCCGAAGGAGCAUUGGCAGGUAUGAGCUGAAGUAUUUCGAUCCUUUUCUUGUACUGGACGAAUUCUCAGUUACUGCUCCUGCUGGAUUCCCUGAUCACCCUCACCGAGGAUUCGAGACUGUUACUUACAUGCUUCAGGGCUCCGUCACCCACGAAGACUUCGAAGGCCACAAGGGCACCAUUAACGCCGGCGACCUCCAGUGGAUGACCGCCGGCCGUGGCAUCGUACACUCCGAAAUGCCCGCCGCCGCCGGCACCCAGAAAGGCCUCCAGCUCUGGAUCAAUCUGCCCUCCAAAUACAAAAUGAUCGAGCCGAGGUACCAAGAAAUGAGCAGCAGCGACAUUUCCGAAGCGUCCGACGACGGCGUCCACGUGAGGGUAAUCGCCGGCGAGUCGCUGGGAGUAACGUCGCCGAUUCAGACGAGGACGCCGACGAUGUAUUUGGACUUCACUUUAGAGCCGUCGGCGAAGCUCCGGCAGCCGAUUCCGGCGUCGUGGAAUGCGUUCGUGUACGUUCUGGAGGGCGAGGGCAUUUUCGGGAAUUCGCGCUCGCCGGCGACGGCGCACCACAUUCUCCUACUGGGCUCCGGCGACGGCGGCCUGGUGGCGAAGAAUAAGUCCUCCAAGGCGCUCCGGUUUAUUCUGGUCGGCGGCGAACCGCUGGAUGAACCGGUGGUGCAGCACGGCCCGUUCGUGAUGAACACCGACGAGGAAAUCCAGCAGACCAUCGAGGAUUACGAGAAUUGUGCCAACGGUUUUGAGAAAGCCCGCCAUUGGAAAUCUGAAUCCACCAUUCUUUUUGGCCAUUAAUCACCUGUUCUUCAUUUGCUUUCUCCCUUUUAAAUUCGGAGUCAAAUAGUAUUUUUUAUAUUUAUAAUAUUAAUAUUUAAUUA